AGCUAAGUGCACUACAUGCCCAUGAGAUGAGGUGAUAUGAUCAGCCCCGACACACUACUUGUGUCGUGAGAUGACUCACUUGUUGAGCUUGAUGGAUAACAGAAGUAUCUCCCCUCCCAGCAGUAUCACAUCGUGUUCUAGAGACAGUGAGGAUUUAGCGAGCAAGUAUCAGCGGCUUGCUAAUCAGUAUGCUCAGGUUCGGGCCCAAGUAGUGGUACUGAAGAAAGCAUUGUUAGACGAAAGAGAAAAACACAGCUACAUUAAAGAUAACGAUGUGGGGAAAGGACAGAAGAUCCGCACCCUAGAACAAGAAGUAGACAGUCUUACAUUCAGAAAUAAGCAACUAUCAGCCCGAAUAGACAGCUUGCAACAGCAGCUGGACACGCUUGCUAAGAAGAAGGGAAAGGGAAAGCAGCAAGGUAGGAAUGAUGUUUCCAAUAAAGACGUUGACAGUAUACAUUUAGAAGAGUUAGAAUCAAAGAUUAGGGAAAAUGAAGUUCUUCAUACUAAAUUGCAAACAGUAGAAGAGCGAUAUGGACUGAAGCUCCAGAAGUUAGAAGAUGAGAACGCCUCACUUACAAGCGCUAAACGUAAUUCUGAUACCCUCCUCAAAACCUCAAAAGAAGAUUUUGAGUUAUCUCUAUCUAAGGAGCAGAGAAGGAGCUCAACUUUACAAGUACAACUAGAUAAACUACAGGCUAAGUUAGAUGCUGCUAAUGCUGCUCUUGCUAGGAGUCGAGCCAGUAAAACGUCUGCAGAACCAAGUAACAAGAGUGACACCAAGUUGGUGAAGUGUAAGAACCUCAAUUUGUACGCCAAAGACAAGAAACGAGCCAGUCUGAUAGAGAACACGCUAGAAGUAGUGGGCGGGUAUAUAACCGAGAUAGUGGUCUCCCUCCAGAACUACUGUACCUACCUAGAACAGCGUACCCAACUCUACAGCACGGACCUUGGGGAACCUAUCACUCACAAUACCCAACAAAUGUGUGGGUUAUUGUUGGAGAACACAUCUCAUAUCAGACCUAUGUUGGAGCUGUGGAGCUUGUUCGUUAUUACUGUCAGGGACAACCAGUUUAGUUUGAAAUCGUGUGGGAAUCUAGAAGUGCUCGCUAACCAGUACACUGAUAUAACCAACUAUCUUUCUCUUAUACUCAAUCUCUUCAAGAAAAGUCUAUCAGAAGAGUCAAUGUCAAUGUCGUGUUCAUUACAAAUGGAGGAAUGUAACACGGUUAUAUGUGACAGUGUUCAGCCUCUAGUUCUCGCUCUUCAAAACAGUGCUGUGUCUCUAUCUCACGUCUCUAAUGUCGAGGACAGUACAGGAGCGGCUAAGUACAUACCAGCGUUUAUAGGAGAUGUUAAGGAUGUGUGCACUAACGUCAGGUCCCACAUUUCUGCUAUACAUCCUAAACUUGUACUGGCUCACAAACUAUCUUCUGUGUCUCAGAGAUUGAAGACAACUGAUGAAUGCUGUGUUGCGUCCCUACAAUCCUUCGUAAACACGUUAACCAAGAUAGCACGACACCUUGAGGAUAGCUUAUCCUUGUUAACUAAAUCCUCCAGGUUCAGUGCAGAACAAGAGUCUGUCUACAACUCCACUCUCACCACAACUUGUGAGGGGUUCCUGUCUCUUAUUAAUCGCUCUCAGCCUCUUUCAGAUAGGAACUCUUCUCCUGACCCCACCUCUCCUCUUCCUGCUCCUUCUCCUGAUCUCACUGACAAGUUGAAAAUAUCUAAAGAGAAGAUUGCUAAGUUAGAGCAAAGCAAAGAACACUGGAUGCUAGAAGCACAACUUCUAACUAUUAAACUCGACAAAGCCCAGAAGAGGUUGCUUGAGAAAUUACAGAAACCACAACUGAAAGAAGCUGAGAACAACAAAAUGACCUCCCCGUCCAGCAAUGUCCCUGUGGAUACACUACUAGAUUUAACUGACAGUUCCAGCUCAGUUAAAACUGUGCUGCCUUGGGAUGAUUCAGGGCUUAGAGAGGAGGCUAUACGGUUACACUACACUAACAGGAUCAACGAGCAAAUUGAAACGAUCCAGAAGGCAGAGGGAGAGUGUAUCCUCAACAAAAGAGAGUGUAUCGGAUUGAAGAAGAGAUUACACAUAGCAGAGAAACAACACAAUCAGUUCGCGGUGGACAUGUGUAACAACGACAAGGUUAGACAGCAGCUUGAAGAGGAACUGACUCUCACAAAGGACAAGUAUGAAGCGCAGAUAGCGCUUAUGAGCGAGCACUUGUGCGCUAUGAACGAUAAGCUGGUUAAUCUGAACGAGGAGAACCAGACCUUGAAGCUGGAUACUCCUAAGCAGGGCAGGAAAAAGUGGUAGUUUGAGAGUAGCACACAUUUAGUUCUUUUACGUUAAGUUAUACCUUUAUUUUUAUGAGUUUUCAGUGAGGUUCAGUUUGUUUGCCGUUUUAGAAUUCCCACAAUAUUAAUACCCACAUGCUCUUGUAUAUGCCCCUCUAAUGCAUGAAAUAACCUGGUAAUCAUGCAGAAUAUAUUUAUUAGAAUCCACCACUGCACUGGUGCAAUAAUUAGAUUGUAGUGUCCCUAUAAUACACAAGUUAAGCCCAGAGUAAACACUUAUUAUCAUCCAAGCAAUAUGUUAUCAAAUGUAAAACUUUUUCGUACGUUUUUUUGUCUGAAUUUAAAAAUUGAUUGGUUUAUAGUAAUACUUUUUCAUUAAAUUUAAAUUUAAGUCCGUUGGUCCGAUUGAUUUUCCAUACAAGGGAUUUUGUACAAUUUUCAACGUGAUGAAUUUAAAGAUAACUUUCCAUUCUCGUACUCCCUUGACAAUUGUUAAUUUACGAACUGUUUUUUGUAUAACUAUAUUUUCUGCUAUUAACAGUUCAUGAUUUAUAGCUUCUGAAUGCGUUAUAUUUUUAGUUAGCGAGAUGUCCCAAUUGAAUUUGUGUUAUACGAUUGAAUCUAAAUUCUGUUCUUAGAUAGC